AUGUUCCCGACGUUCUCGGGGAGCUCGCGACGCCCGAGAAAUGUGAACCUGAGCGGCCAGAAGAAUACAAAUCCCUUCGCCGCAACCUCAUGGACCCCCUCCGCCUCGUCCAAUGCCUCCAAGACCGUCAUCGCCGAUGCCCAAGCCGAGCGCCGCAAGCGAGAGCUGGAAAGGGAGAGGCUGAAGGCGGCCCAGAACAUCCAGCGCACAUGGCGGGGUCAUCAAACAAGGCAGAGCUUGAAGGACUCGAGACGGGCGGCGUUUGAUCAGUUAUACCAAGACGGCUCGACACAAGAUCGCUUUCAGAGGUCUCUACAAGCGUUGCCCCUCGCUCUCGCCAUUUUCGACCCUAGUCGCCCAGAUGACUGCCGUCGCUUUGGAGCGUUUGCCGAGGAUCUGGUGCAAACCGACUUCCAGCUUCUCCAGCCAGGACAGCUGGAUGAUGCUCAAUUACGGAGGCUUGGGAAUCAGUUGGUGGUCGCUUUGCAACGGAUCGGCUCCGACGAUCUGCCCCAAAGCUUUCUUACUACUCUACUCGAAAUCAUUACUACGAGAGUCGAUGCCGUGUCGAAAGAGGCAACACUAAAGUCUGCCGAUGCGGAAGACCAACUUCCGCCGUUUGUUGCCGAGGCCAUCCGCUCUCUUGUGGACAAGGAUGAGAUCUCAGACCUUCUCGAGAAGUUCACAACACGCAGAGACUCACGGACUGCCGCAGUUGCCAAAGACGAGGCGUUGUGGGAUCGUGAAUGGAGGACGAUCCUCUUAUUCCUCGAACUCUACGUAUUCGUUCUCAGACUUACCGAUGACGAGGACUUCUUCGCGGAGAUACUGCGCAAUAUGCCCUUUGUUAUACCGUUCGACACGAGAGUCAAAAUUUUCCGGCAGUUCGUCUAUCUUGACAAAGAUAGGAGGAGGGGAGGCAAUAUCGACCCUGAUAACUGGCGGAUGGCCAUCUUGAACGAGCAUGGUGGCCCGUUCAACCCAACAGCAAGAGGAAGAGACGCCAUUGGGCGCCAUCAUGCCAAAAUUCGACGAGGAAAGGUUUUCCAAGAUGCUUUCGAGCAGUUUUACGAUCUAAGGGAGGGCUUGAAAGAGCCGAUCCAGAUCACCUUUGUUGACCAGUUUGACACUCCAGAAGCAGGCAUCGACGGUGGUGGUGUCACCAAGGAAUUCCUGACCAGCGUGACGAAGGAGGCUUUCACUGAUGAGCUGAGUCUCUUUGUAGCCAACAGCCGGAAUGCGCUGUACCCCAAUCCUGCCGCUCUGGACCAGAGACAGGACAAAUUACGGCAAGCCGGUCUCACCCAAGAGUCGCCAGAAUGGCGUGAAAGCAUCACAGAGCUGCUCGACCAAUACGAAUUUCUCGGGCGUAUCAUAGGCAAGUGCAUGUAUGAAGGCAUCUUGAUCGACGUGGUCUUCGCCGGCUUUUUCUUGCUCAAAUGGUCGGCGGCAGCUUCAGAUUCGGGGUAUCGGGCGAACAUCAAUGAUCUUAAAGAGCUGGAUGAAGAGCUCUACCAAGGCAUGCUAAGUCUGAAGAACUACCCAGGCGACAUCAGCGACAUGGGCGCAGAUUUCACGAUCGAGGAUCAGAUUUCGAUGCCUGGCGAGCCGGUCCGCACCGUUACUCGCAAUCUCAUUCCAAACGGCGACCAGGUCUCCGUCACGAACGAAAAUCGGCCCCUGUACAUUUCAUACAUGGCGCACCACCGCCUCGUCGCUCAGCCAUUUGCAGUGACGAGAGCCUUCCUCAAGGGAUUAGGCUCAAUCAUCACUCCAUCUUGGCUCAGCAUGUUCAACCAGUCAGAGCUCCAGCGCCUGGUUGGCGGCGACUCAUCUGAGAUUGAUGUCGAAGAUCUCCGCCGUAACACUGUCUACAGCGGCCUCUACGUGAUUGGAGAUGAUGGCGAGGAGCAUCCGACCGUCAGUAUGUUCUGGGACGUCAUGCAUUCGCUGAAGGAUGAGGAGCGCAGGGAAGUGCUUAAGUACGUGACCUCGACGCCACGCGCACCGCUCCUGGGAUUUGGGCAGUUGAGCCCGAGAUUUAGCAUUCGGGACGGCGGUGAUGAUCAGGACCGCCUGCCCAGCGCUAGCACGUGCGUCAACUUGCUAAAGCUGCCGAAAUAUAAGUCAUUGUCGCAGCUGAAGAGCAAAUUACUGUACGCUGUGAAGUCCAACGCAGGAUUUGAUUUGAGCUAG